CAAGCAGGGACUCACUGAUAGACCACUCUGCUUCCAGUUCUGGGGCUGACACACUCUCCCACAUCCCCACACCCAGUGUAUCCUUUACAGCUGAGGAAGCACACACCAAACAGCAAUGGCAGUCCAGUUAAGAGUCAUUUUACAAGAACACAGCAUUAAGAAGUUGACACUUCCAACAGGAAUUCCCAAUACAGUAGACGAUCUUGUUUCCAUAAUUACUGAAACUUUCCAAUUGCAUGGGGAAUAUGGACUACUAUACCAAGACAAAGACUUUGACAAUCAGUUUUUCAGUGUCACCUCAACUGCUGACUUGUAUGACAAGGCCACUGUUAAAAUGAUCCUAAAAGAGCCUAACAUCACCCUUGACCUACACCCAAUAUUUGAAUCAGGACCAUCAUCUACAUUGAGCUCUUUGAGUUCUGUGAGCACCCAUCCUGCAAGUACUCCUGAAACAAAUAUCUGCCCUGAAGAUCAUGAUGCAUCCUCACAGGUGUCCGACUCCACAUCGUCAGGUUCCAGCGACACCAUUAUUCUGCCUGAUUCAUGUCGCCUUGCUGCAUGGCCAGUGCCAUUUCAAGUACCUGAGUUUUCCAGAGACAUACAACUAAUCCUUGCAGAGGCAAACAACUCAUAUCAUGCCACUGGAAGACACUUCACGGAUGCCAGCGUUAAAUCAGCAAUAAUGCAAGACCUUGCAAAAGUAAUUUUUUCGUACACUGCUUACCCAACGAAUCAGCAGAUCCUUUCAGUGGCUGAAGCCUUGGUUUCCAAGUUUCCAUGUCUUAGGGAACCAGGAUCAUUUGCAGGCUUAUAUGGCUGGCAGCAGCGCAUAAAAUACAAGAUGCACAAUUACCGGGCCAAGCUAAGAUCUCGAAAAUAUUCUUACCCGGAAAUUGAAAUCAACACCUUAAGAAGGAAGCAUCCAGCUGAUGCAGUGCCAUCAAAAAAUGUAAAAAAGCCCAAAAAAGCAGAGGUUAAUUACCUCCCUCCGCACCCUACUGGUGAAAGCCAAGAGACACUGGAGAAAGAGAGGCUUGAAUUAACUUGUGAAAUAACAAAGAAAAACAAUGCAAAGAUAAUUGCAGAUAAAAUGAAUAAAACUUUCUCUAGCCGAAGAGUUGAAGUAGUCAGCCUAAGCCCCUCUGUGAUUGUGUUUAAAGAAAGGUGGCCAGCGUUAUUCACUGAAGCUCAGAUCAAGGAAGAGUUCAGACGUAUCACAACAGUUUCUUUGGAGGAGACGUUCAUGCUAAAGCUUGAUGAGUACACACCAGGUCUUCUGCAGCUUAUGCGUGCUAAAGGAGGGGCUGCUGGUUCCAAGAUGCACCCUCUGUUGGACACUAUAAAUGACACACAGAGCAUUGAGAAAAAAAGGGAUGCAGUUGUCUGCUGCCUCAUUAACUACCUUGGUGAAAGACAAGAAGAUCUUUUCCAUGACUGCCAGGGAUGUGAGGACUACACAGACAAAACAAUGAAGGUGAUCGUGAUGCACAACAUCAUGGCUGAGGAGGAUCCAUCAGAUGUGUCGAUUGUGAUUGAGGGAAACCAAGUGAUGGAAGGAUGUGGAAGCCGAACAAAGGCAUGUGUACUGCUGAUGGGACUGAUAUAUGCCCUCAACCUUGACUAUCCAAAGCAGCUGAAGAACACAUUUGAAGCUUUUCAAAAACUCUUUUUGGAACUUGAUGGGGAGAAACUACUGAAGAAGGUUCACAGCCUCAAAAACAAGCUCAUGCAAUAGACAUACAUUUCCCUCUUGUUCCAAGAGGAUCUUUUGUCUGGACAGAGAGUUUUAAUGGAGUAUAGUUUUAUAUUUUUGUUCUCUUCCGUCCUCUGCUCCACACACAGACACAGAAAUAUAUGUACAGAUGGAUACAUAGGUAUGUUGCAGCCUCUCUCAGCCCACUCCAUUGUUCUCUGAUUUCUCCACAUUGACAGAAAUGGAAAAGCAAUAGAAACUGGCCAGUCUGGUUAAUACCUCUGAGUGAAUCCUAAAGAAUUUUGAACUCACCCUCUUUCCCUCCCCAUUUGUUUUUUUAUUUUAUUCUCAUCCUGUCUCUGAGAGUGAGAGCAAGCGCAGAAACUAAAGAAUGUUGAUUUUCUGAUCUGUCUUUAUCUGUCUUUAUCCAGAUGUUUGAUACUGUACCAAUUAUCCAGAAAGAACAUUUGAAGCCAUUAGCUUAGUGCGCUAUAAAACUGGUUUAUUCAUUGAAAUGUUGUGUGAUGCUGUGUACUGCACUUACUUCAUUUUUUGAUAAUUUAGUGUAUUAUUGCUGCAUAUAAACAGGGCAGUUCAGUUAUUUGUUGUGUAUUAAUACACCUGCAGAUCUGCAGAUUUGCUCAGUCACUGUUGUGUGAGGCUGAAGAAACACAAGUAAGAGAUUACAGGAAAAUCUUCAUGUAAUUGGACACCUUCAUGUAAUAACACAGGUUCAUUAUUUGAAAUAUUGUGUGACACUGUUGUGCUGCAGUUUAUUCUGUGUUUUUGAUGACUUUAUGCAUUAAAAACAAUGAGAAGGUG